AUGAUUUCAUAUAAUUCACCAAUUAGAAGUAUAGGGUUUUUAUUUGGUUGUAGAUAUAGUAGUUCAACCUCACUGCUUUUAUCAACCACAUAUUCUAUAACAACUUCUAAUCCUAAUAAUAAUAAUAAUAAUAAUACCGAGCAUAUAAAAAACACUUAUAACAAUAAGUCUGAUGUACAUUGUAAUGAAAAUACACUACAAAAUAGUUAUAGAUUCAUGGAAGAACUUCAACAAGAAUACGGAAAUAAUAUAUGUUGCAGCCAUACUAUAGGUCAAGGGGAAACCCACACAUAUUCAACAGAUACGCAUCAUGGUAUUUCAAUUCAUACAAAUAAACCUUGUAAUCAACAACGAAAAAGUAAUGGUGGAUUAGACACUACAAUAUUUUUGAAUAACUUUAAAUUUAGGCAUAUUUGGAAACAUAGAAUAUGUUCUGACAAAAAGGAAAAAACAAUGCUUGAUAAUACGAGCAUUUUAACACAAAAUUAUGAAGAUAAAAUUCUGGCUUUUAUUUUAAAUAUGAAGAAAAUAUUUACACCGCAUCAGUUGAAGUUGGUAGUGUAUGAAUUCUACCAGAAAAACAAACAAUAUGAAAUACAUUUAAUAUUGAAAAAAUAUUUUAAUUAUUUACCUCGAUUAUUAGAAUUAUGUGGUGAUAACAAAAAGAAUGUUGACGAUUUUUAUUUGGUUUUGGAAAAAUUUCUAGCUGUAGAAUACAAUUUGGAAAACUAUCAUAAUUUUGAUUUACUUUUUUCACUUUAUAUCAAGAAUCCUAAUGGAGUUAAAGCUGCAUUUUUACAGAGAGCGUUAUGUACCUUCAUCUAUUUAGGUGAUAAGAUAAUGGUUAAAGAAUUUUAUUUGCAAGCUUUAAAUAAUUCAGACCAAUUCCAAGUAACUCAAAUGACAAUCGAAAACUUUGUAUUAAAAUUGACCAAAUUAAACGAUUAUUUACUAAUUAAAUACUGUUUGCGUCAGUGGAAGAAACCAUUGACAAUAAAAUUCUGGACUAAAUUGCAUAGAACUCUAUUAUCUUAUGUUAAUAAAGGUGCACUAAGUAUACAAGAACUGGACGAGUCAUUAUUACCAGAGAAUUAUAAAUCUUCGAUGCAUUACCAGUUGUCUUUUUUAUUAUCCAAUUUAAAACAAGAAGGAAAUAUUAAUGUUAACAAGAAUCAUAAUGAUAGUAAAACAAUUGAAGCAAUUAAUGAUGUGUUUAAACAACUUAAAAGUUCAGAAUUAAGACAAGUAUUUUUGGUUGACUUGUUACGGAUCUACGUUUCUAAAAACAAUAGAGUACUGAUCCAAUGGGUGGUUGCUACCUAUUCUAAACGUAUACUUAGUAAAUUCAAAAAUAUUGAAAAUACGACGCAUCGGCGGUUUAUGGCUGAACUACACAAAUAUUUUGCCAAGAAUGGGGAUUUAGACAAUUUACUAAAUUUAUACAAAACAAAUAAGGUUUUGUUUACAGAAAAUGCCUUGAAGCAGUUAUUGUUGUGCUAUUGUAAUAAAUAUCCGUUUAUGAAAAAUGUUAUAAGAAAUGAAAUAAAGUUGGUUAUUAAUUCUAUGAAAUUUGCCAAGAAAUAUUCAUGGGGUAGGACAUUUAUUUAUAAGAACUUAAAGAACGAUGAUGAAGAAAUUAAUUUUGAUAUUCUAGGUAGCAGUGUUGUUAACAAAACCACAGAUUUAAAUGAUAUUCCAAUUCCCAUUUUAAACACAAGGUUAACAAGAUUAAUGAGAAAAUCACUUAAUUCAACUUCGAUAGAUGGGGCUGUAAACACUACUAAAGACGAUACCUUUAAUAUAUUAUAUGAAAGGGCCAAAGAUCUAUAUCAGAAGCUGCCCACCAAGUUUGAAAUAUUAAGAUUGAAAAAAACAAUUAUGGAUUUAAAAGUUCAGGCCAAAUCUAAUAUGGAUAAAUUUGGUAUUGUUAAUAAUGGGCGUAAUGGCGAAAGUGGCAAUUUAAGAAAAUCUUCUGAAUUACAGAAAUUAGAAAAUUAUUCAAGUGAUAUAUUAAACCAAUAUUUUAAUGAAAAUAAAGAUGCAUUGAAUUUUCAAAAUUGUGUUUCAUUGGCAGUAUUUUCGGCCUCAAAUUAUGUUAAUAUGAAUUGGGAAAGUACUGAGAGGUUUUUGAACAUUAGUUUGAAAAAGUUAUUAAUUGAGGAACAGGAAGGUAAUAGUUUCAAUAAUGGCAAGCAGUGGUUUAUAUACUACAGUGCUUGUUUAAAAUGCUACUGUAGAUAUUUGAAAAUAGAACAAUUUUAUGAAACAUUGAAAGAAUGGAACAACACCAGUAAUGUAAAUACUAAUAUCAGAAAUAAUUAUUUGACACCAUCUUUACUUACCGAGUUGAAAAGAUUUUUAAAAUUUUUUGAACAAAAAAAAAUCGACAUGUUGAGUGAAAGGGAAAAGAGUGAAUACUUGCCCGCUAUACGACAUGAAAUCGAAGUAUUAAAAGAUAGAUAUAUUGAAUUAAAGUUUAACGCGUUGGACGACAUGAAACGUACUGUAAAUUUUAUAUUUGAAGAGUGGGGUUAA